AUGGCGGCUGAGGACGACACCGUCAUCAAUGUGCCGGCAAGCACUGAGAAGUCGAGCCACACCAGCAUUGCCAACGAGGAGGUGGCCGCUGCCGAUCGUAGUUCCACGCCCAAGGACUCUGACGAUGAUGGCGAGUUUUAUGAAGACCCCAAGGCCGCCCGGCGACUGUUAAUCAAAUGCGACAUCCGCCUGAUCCCCAUCUUGGGAUGCCUAUAUCUCGUGUCCUUUUUGGACCGGUCGAACAUUGCCAAUGCGCGGCUUUUCAAGCUGGAGACGUCGCUUCAUAUGCCGUCGAAUGGGUUUAACACCUGCCUGUGGAUUUUCUACCUUCCUUUCGUGAUCGUAGAGAUCCCGAGUAACUUGUUUAUGAGUUUGAAUAAAAUCAAGCCCAACCACUGGCUUGCGGGAGCGAUGCUGAUUCUUGGUAUUGUUUCGAUGUGCCAGGGACUCACGAGGAGCUAUGGUGGGCUUCUUGCUUGUAGAUUCAUCAUGGGCAUCAUGGAGGCUGGUCUGCCGCCCGGGGCCGCUCUUCUUAUUGGGCAAUACUAUAAGCGCAGUGAGUUUUAUAUCCGCUUCUCAUAUUUCAUCUGCUUUGCUCUGCUCGGUAGCGCUUUCAGCGGCCUCCUCGCAUACGCCAUCGAGCACAUGAAUGGAAUGCAUGGAUAUGAGGCCUGGCGAUGGAUUUUCAUCCUCGAGGGCCUCUUCACCUUUGCCUUCGGACUCGCAGCAUGGUUCAUCAUCCCAGCCUUCCCGCAAGAGGCAACCUUCCUCAGCGACGAUGAGCGAGCCAUGCUUCUCGCCCGCCUCCGCCACGAUCGCGGGAGAGAGAGGGUUGACUUCAAGGGAAUUAACUGGUUGAAGCUUCUUACUGACUGGAAGAUCUGGUCGUUCACCCUUAUCUACUUCUGUGCCGACAUGGGCGCGGCAUCCAUCUCAUCCUUCACCCCAACCAUCCUUGCCCAGCUCGGUUGGAGCGCCUCACGAGCCCAAGUGAUGAGCAUUCCCAUCUGGAUGGUAGGCAUUGUCGUCACUCUGUCUACUUCCUAUGCUUCUGGGAAACUCUCCCUCCGCUGGCCGUUUGUGCUCACCGGCGCCAUCUUCUCUCUCAUCGGUUGGUGUAUACAGUACACCCAGGUCCAGCCACCGGCAGUGCGUUACUUUGCUCUGUACAUCAUCGCUUUUGGUUCAUUUAUGCAGUUCCCCAUCCUUAUCGGCUGGCUCAACAGUAACCUACGCGGUCGCCCGCAGCAGGCUGUCGCGAGUGCCGUUCAGCUGGGGAUGGGUAACUGUGCGAACUUCGUGGCGAGCAAUGUGUUCAUCACUAAGCAGGCGCCGACAUACCCUACUGGGUUUGCUACGGGUGUCGGCUUCGCAACACUCGCAACUGUAAGCAUACUUUUGGUGACAGGGGCCUUGGCUUGGCAUAAUAGACAGUUUGACCGGAAGCAUCGGGAUGGGGGCGAGAACGUGGAGGACCAGGAGAACUUUAGAUACAUGUUAUAG